CGGAGUCAGUUCUUCGUGUCGCGAUACUUUUAAUCUGAAAAGUCGUUACCGUGUGGAAACGUCGCUGGUGACUUGAACCAAACCUCCACACUGUUCCCGUCGCUCCGGUCUGAAAAGUCUACGUCACUUUUUCUCCCUUAGCGUUAUACAGUCUAUGGCUUUAAGCCGCUCAACUUUUUUUAUUGAGUUGUUUUCCUCGACCUCCGUUUGACAACUGCUGUCACUCGCGCCGGGUUCACGGAGGUUUGGAGGAUUAUCCGCGUUGUUGCGAACAUCACGAGGAGUUUGUGACGGUGACGACGCCACAAAACGAGGGAAACGUGUUUUUAGAUGAGGAAGAAGCUGAUGAUGGUUUCACCAGCUGACGGGUGGGAGUAGUAUAAGUGAGUGCUCUAUGAUGUGGACCGACAAGCAAAGAGGAAUCCGAGUUUCUAAGGAGGAGCUGCUCUGUAAGAGUGCCUGUGGGUAUUAUGGAAACCCUGCAUGGCAAGGCCUCUGCUCCAAGUGCUGGAGAGAGAAAGCCCGUCCAGCUGGAGCCCAGAGACAAGACACGAGGCCCAGAAAUGACGGCACUCCUCUCACCUUCUCCAAAUUCGAGGAGAAGAAAAGCAUCGAGAAAGGCCAUCGGAUUAACACGAUGAAGAGACUCUUCUGGGGAAGCCCAUCACCUCCAAAACGUCAAGAGUCUUCUGAAAGCCAAACAAAUGCGUUAAAAGCGUACCAGAGCCUUGAGCCUGGGGACUUCACCGGCUUCCUAAAAAUACUACGGAGCCCUUCCUCCCAGCGCUUGCAGUCCCGAUGCACAGCUUUUCUCAACACAGUGGAGGCUUACCAUGAUCUGCCGGUACAGAAACAGUCGGACCUCGUGCAGGAUUUCUACCAGUCAUUUGCAGAAUAUUUUAACAGUCUUCCUGAGGCUCAGGUCACUCAGAUAAUGGAGCACGUAGAGAAGCUAAUCAUGACACGGUUGCACAAAUGGGUUUUCUGUCAUGACAGCUGUGAUGAUGAACAGAAGGACCUGGCUCUCCAGAGGAGAAUACGCUCCUUGAACUGGGUUACGCCGCAGAUGCUGUGUGUUCCUUUUCCUGAUAAAAAGACUGCGGUUACAAGCGACCCCUUUCUGCCUGCUAUAACAGCCAUAAUUGAAAUGGAUGCCAAACGAGCACCACAGGACAAACUUGCCUGUGUGUCCAAAUGCAGUCAGCAUGUCUUCGAGGCACUCUCCAACUCAAGCAGUGAACCUGCUAAUGCAGAUGACUUCCUGUCAGGACUGAUUUAUGUGGUGUUGAAGGCCAACCCACCCCGGCUACACUCUAACAUGCAAUACGUGAUUCGGUUUGGUCUCCCUCACAGUCUGAUGGCAGGAGAGAGUGGCUACUAUUUCACAAAUCUGUCUUGUGCUGUGGCCUUCAUUGAUAAGCUGGAUGGACCGGCACUAAACCUCAGUCCAGAAGAGUUUGAAAGCUACAUGCUGAAUCAGCGUGCUCCUUCUGGAGGAAUCAAGAGGCAGCAGACUACCAGUGACACAAAACACCUCCUGGAGGAGCUACAAGGCCGACAGGAGAAGCUGCACCAGGGGAUGGAUUCUCUUAAUGUUCAGCUUCAGAACUGGGUUCAAGCAGUUCAUUCCCAACUGGAUGAGGCAACAGCAGAGUUUGCUCUGGUACAGAAGGAGGUAGCAGCUCAGGCUGUGCUCUCUAACGUUUUCUCAUCCACAUCUCAUGAUGCGCCUCCUCAGGGGGAUGACAAAGACCAGUCGGUGGUGGUGCUUGCUGAUCUACAUGCAGGUCCAAAAGAUACCGACUGUUAGCAACAAUAACAAAAACACCUAAUCUGACACUUGACUCUUUUUUCAUCAUCAGCACUAACCUAUUAUGUAGGAUAUAAAACAAACAUUUAUAUUCCAAUGCCAUGUUUGCACGGGUUUCGACUGUAGGGAGCUGGGAUUUCUAGGCCAGAUGAAGGAAAACUUUGUGAAGGAAACUUUUUUGCAAUAGGUAUUACAGGUGUUAAAAAAUGAUUUGUAUUUGUUUGCUGGUUGAGGAUGAAGGCCAUUAAAACACAUUCCAGUUUGUAGCCAGCACUCAGGGUACAGCACUUAGGGAUGUCACCUAACACUUUAAGGGUUCUUAUAUAACAUUCACUAUGUGCCUAUAUAUAUGAAGAAAACUGCUGUGAAGUUAAAAAUUCUCUAAAAGAAAAAUGCUAGAUGACAGUUGUUGACCACUACAAGUCAGGAGGUGUAUUUUAAUAAACCAUGUUUUUCAUAGCUGUGUAACUUUUCAAUAUGAUACAUUCACUGUCUGUUCAUAGAUGAAAAGAAUGUGAUACAAAACAAUGUGUAACACAUCCCACCAGAUGUAUUCGUGUGCAGGUUGUGGUUGUGUGUUGCUAACAACUGUUGAAAGGUGUCUGAAGAAAUUUAGGAGUCUUAUGGUAUGAUUAAAUAUUAUGUCCAAUAAUAAAAUAAAGUUGACUUGAAAGAUGA